UGCACUCCAUAUAUUAAAAUUUUAACUAUAAACAAAAGCAUAUUAACUAGUCAACUGCAUCAUCGAGAAAUAUCAUGUACCGGGAGUUAUAUUUAGUUUAUUGUGUACUUCUAGUGAGCAUCUUCUCUCAUGAGACUUUUAAACCAAGACAAUACGAAAACUUUGAAGAGUUCUAUAAUAUGGUACAAAGUAAUAUUUCUGCUGCUCAAAAUUAUGUGAUUCCAAAAGAUAAUUACGACUUGGUCAAAACAGUAAAUUCAACGACAGUUGAGUAUGGUACGUAUGAUUUCAUCAUUAUUGGAGCUGGUGCAGCAGGUGCAGUAGUAGCCAACAGAUUGUCCGAAAUUCACAGUUGGAAAAUCCUGCUUUUAGAUGCAGGAGGGGAUUAUGAUGAUUUCAACAAAAUAAUUGGCCUGCUUCUUUACGAGACGUUUUCUCCGAAGACAUGGGGCUACAAUACAACGGUUCAAAAAAACGGAUGCUUAGGAAUGAAGAAUCAACGAUGUUUUUUGCCUCAAGCAAAAGUUAUUGGAGGUGGAACAACUGUCAACGGUGCUGUUUAUGCCAGAGGACAUCCAGAAGACUUUAACAGAUGGGUAUUUGUUUACAAUAAUUCUGGAUGGUCUUACGACGAAGUACUGCCGUACUUUAAGAAGUCAGAAAAAGCUGUGUUUGAACCUAGAGAUAGAUUUUAUCAUGGCGACAAUGGAUAUGUUACUAUCAGUCAGCCUCCAGUUACUUCAAAUUUGGUAUCCGGCGGAGUUAAUUCGGCUCAAGUGCUCCUGCUCUCUGGAAUAGGCCCGGAAAAGCAUUUGAGGGAGGUAAACGUACCGUUGGUUAAAAACCUGCCUGUGGGAGAGUAUUUGCAGGACCAUGUCAUGUUUAUCGGCUUGGCAAUCAGGACCAACGUCAUUUUUUACAAUGACACUUUAAGAGAACUUUUAAUGAGGUAUAGAAGAAAUCAGCGACCCUUGAUUUCAUUAUUCGACAGUAUUGCUUUUACAAAUAUCGACAAAGAUACUAAAAAACGGCCGGAUAUUGAAUAUCUUGUGACAGUUCCGCAAAAUCUAACAGACAGGGCUUCGAUAUACAGCAGCCUUAACGAUGAAUACUUGGCUGCUAUAAAAAUCAACACUACAAGUGACUUGAUAAUGUUGACGAUAUUGAUGCAUCCGAAAUCACGUGGUACGGUGAAACUUCAAUCCAACAGUCCCUUGGAUGUGCCCUUGAUCGAUCCUAACUACUUGGCUGAAGAAGAGGAUAUCGAAAAGUUGUACCAGGCAGUGAAAUUUAUUGUGAACUUGAACAAUACCGAGGCAUUUAGGAAGCACGGAGCACAAGUGGUGGCAUUUGACUAUCCAAAUUGUGAAACAUUUAAGAAAUUUAGUAAGGGUUGGUGGCAGUGUGCCAUAAGACAUAUGAGUACUACGGUCUAUCAUCCAUCGUCUACCGCCAGAAUGGGAUCAGAUCCAUCAGUAUCAGUGAUAAACACUAAUCUACAAGUGCACGGCAUUUCCAAACUGAGAGUUAUUUGCAGUAGUUCGAUGCCUGAGGUGAAUACUGGACAUCCCUCAGCGCCCAUAAUCAUGAUAGCUGAGAAAGCCUCAGAUAUAAUUAAAAAAUAUUACUGCAGUAAUCCUAGCAAGCAUUUGGUCAGUAUAUCUUCUAAUGAUGCUUCCAUCAGAUGUUUCGACUCGAUAGCUCAAACGACCUGUGCUUUGAACUAUAGUGGAAGGAAUCCAUUUCUUUCCAGGUCUGAAUGGUCGGGCAUAGACUUUGUCAUCUGGAUUAUCACUUUAUGA